UCAUAGCCAGCUUGAUAGAUGCUGUUUUGCCUCUUCUCCCUGCCUUUUUUUAACUGUCCACUUUAUCCAGUAAAGACAAAAAAACAAGGCAUGAAAAAAAAGGCAUCGACAUUCCUCGUAGAUCAAACAGGCAUCGCGUAAAUGAUUUACUUCGGCCUGGUUUGUCCGUUUCGAGCGAACACGCAACGCCGAUGUUUCUGCCCGGAGCCCGGUUAGGCAGAGCUCCAGUGGCCUGGCCUUCAUGUUUACAAGCGAUUGUGCGUCUGGGCUGAUCUGAUUAGAGGGGUCCUCUGGUCCGUCCCUUAUCCGUUUCUGUCAGGACCGGGGACCUCGUUUGUCACGCGUGUUCUUUAAGCCCGGUUCGCACGGAGAUCUCAGCUUCCGGAGGGAAAAUUAAAGACCCGGUUGAAGCGGUUUCCAGUCAGGACCCGAAAUCAAACCUGCGCCAGAACGGCUUCACACUGGAUCUGCCACCCAGCGGGGUUAAAAUCUGCCGCAGGCAGGACUGAGCGCACCUUCCACCAAUCAGCUGGCCAGAUGGGGUGCCGGUGUUGUAGGAUGUUAAAAAGCUACAUCUAUGAUCCCUCGGUCCCUGUAGAAGUCCACGGGAGGAGGCAUGACUCCAGCAGCAGCAGCUCCCUUUACCAGAGCAAGCCCCUGGAGACGGACAACAUUCACAAAGUGCAGGGCUUCCACAACCUGGGCUACAGCCACAAGUACGGGGACAACCUAAAGAAUGGCUCGUCCAGGCUGGAGAUCGACAACAACCAGAUCAACCGCCUGCACGCCCCGCCCGGCGACGGGGCCCAGGACCGGCCCUCAAAACUGGAGUCGGGCAACAGCGCCCUCUACAUCCUUCACCCGCAAGAGAGCACGCUCAAAUGCGUGUCGCCCUGCCAACCCCGGCCUCUGCCGGGACACCUGGCGCUUCAGACCAGCGCCCCCUGCGGGCCCGUCGAAAAGCUGGAGGGUCGUCUCAUGGACGGGACGUCUCUGGAAAACGGGGGUCCCUUCCCGGGCGCGCGGGGGGAGGACGACGCGGAGAGCGUCCUCUCGGGCCGGUCGGAGGACGUCAACACCAGCACCACCAGCCUCUCCUCCGUCGAUGCCAAAGACAGAGUCGGGAGGGGGGAAACCUCCACCGCUCCGGAAGUUUCCGCCACGGAGAGCGGCAGCUCCUCUGAGGGAGAGGAUGAGGAAGGUGACAGUGGGAGUGUCACGGACUCCGAGGUGGCCGAGGCCCUGGCGGCUCUCGAAGCAGCGACCGCCGAUGAAGACGCCGAUGAAGAUUGAUCGUUCUAUACCCUCUACCAAUGGCGGACCGCAUCUUGCCACCAAUGCCACGGUUCAUUCCACUGACUGUAUGUGCGCACGUUUUUCAUUUUUCAUUUUCUUUUCGGACAUUUAUUUUUGAAUCUGAUGCGCACAGACUUUUAAAAGCAUCUGUUUAUUUAGCCUUCUGCAACUGUCCUCUACUCUGUGCUGAGCUUUCUGUUCUUAAAAUGAAUCGGAUCAAUCGUUUACAAAGACCUCGCGUCUAGUUGUGAAUUGCGAAUGCAAAGCUUUUAUCGCCAAAGAAUGAACCCCAAAAGAUGCUAUGAAGAUUUUUGCCAAGGAAAGCAUCGCCCUGAAAUCUAAAAUAUAUGUUUUGUUGUUCCAUGUGAGCAGGAGAUAGGACACUUGGCGGUAGACUGUGAACGUUUUCUGCCACGUGGCUUGCCUGUUCCUCAGUCCUUCGAGGUUCCUCCAAAAUGGCGGCACACCUUACAAAAAUGGGGAAUUCUGGCCAAAAUUUCUAUUUUUAUAUCCAUCCUGAUGUUCUGUUUGUGGUUUUAUACCUAAAUAACUGUUAUUUAUCCCUUUGCAUGUUGUUACUUGUCUUUCAGGAAAAAUUGAGGAAUUAAUUAAUGAAUCACUCGGUGGUCACAAAGUUCUGCACAUUAUUGGUAGAGAAUGAUGUUGGAUUUUAGAUUUGUUUUUUGUUUUUUCUGUGAGUGGUGAAGUGGUGAGGUCAAAGGUGGGUGUGUGUGUUGGAAAAUGAUUUUACACUCAGUUGAUUGGUUUUUGGUGCUGUGUGUGUAUGUGUGUGUGUGUGCAUGCAUGUGCGUUUGCGUGCUCACGUGCGUGUACGCAUGUGUGUGUGCAUGCGUGUGUGUAUGUGUGUGUUUAUGUAUGCAGUACUUGAGCUGUAUAGUUAUGUACAUUAGAUACAAUAUAGUAAAAUCAAUGUAAAAAAUGACUGAUUGAAAACCACAGUGCCACAAGAUAAAGUAAGCUUGACACAAAGAUCCUCUACUACAUGUGCCAGACAAGACAACUCAUCAUCUUUCUCACAUUCUCUCACAUUUUAUCUAUACACUUAGGGGACAUUCAUUGUUUUUAAUGACGGAACGCAUUGUUUCCAGAAGAAAAUAUUUAUUUAGUCCAGUGUUUUCAUUUAAAUUGUCUUACAAUUCCUGCCAAGUUGGUGAUUUUAAUCCAAUGCAAAAUAAGGUUCCUACAAUAUAACAAGGGAUAUGUGAAUACUUUAAAUGGUUUUUACAUGAUGUUACUGUGGAUUUUGAGUCAAAGGAAUGUUCCUCUGCCCCACUAUGUACGCUGAAUGACAAAAAACUAUAUAUAUAGUGAGCUUCACAAUGUUUGGGACAAAGACAUUUUUUUUCUUGAUUUGUCUGUGUACUCCACAGUUUUCGUGGGAAUCAAACAAUUCACACUUGGUUACAGUGCACAUUCGCAGUGUAUAUUUAAGGCUAUGUCUAUAGAUACUUUGGUUUACCCAUGCAGAAGUUACAGCAUUGUUUAUACACAGUCCUCAAUUUUAUGGCAUCACAAUGUUUGAGACAUAUUGUCCCAUAUAUGUUAUGUAAAGUUUUCGUGUUUAUUAUUUUGCUGCAUAUUCUUUGCAUGUAAUGACUGCUUGAAAUCUGUGACCCACAGACAUCACCAGGUGCUGAGUAUGCUUUCUGGUGAUGCUCUGCCAGGCCUGUACUGCAGGCAUCUUCAGCUCCUGCUUGUUUCAGGGGCUAGUUGCUUAGCUUUUCUCUUCAGCAGAUGAAACACAUGUUCAGUUGGAUUCAGAUCAGGUGAAUGACUUGGCCAGUUAAGGUUUUCCAGUUUUUGGCUUUGUGUAAAGUUUUUGUUGGUUAAGCAGAAUGUCUGGGAUAAUUGCCUGCUGUAGGAUGAAGCACAGUCCAAUCCAGUCUGGAGGCAUUUGGUUGAAAUUCAGCAGAUAAGAUGCUUCUGUACACUUCAGAAUUCAUUCUGCUGCUGCUACCAGCAGUUUUAUCAUCAAUGAAGACAAGUUAUCCAGUAUCUGUGUCCAUACACGCCCAAACCAUAACCCACGUGUUUUCUCCAUUGCGGUGAUAAUUUUUUAGUCAUCAACAGUAGAAGUAUUCCUUGGCCUACCAGACCCUUUGCAAUUAUUGAGCUCACCAGUGCUCUCUUUCUUCUUAAUGAUGUUCUAAACGGGAUUUUAUUAAGCCUAAAGUUGUAACCCAUAUGUAAGCCAAAUUUACUUCUCAGCCUCAUAAUUCUCAGCCUCAUAAUGGCUUCAUUGACGUUCAUUGGCACAACACUGGUCCUCAUGUUGACAAAUUCCAGACUCCUAAAGAGACUCCAAAGUCAAUCAAAAGGCGAGAAUCAAGACUAGACACUGAAUGCUGUCUUAUAUCUAUAUUAAGGAAGCAAUUGAACACACCUGACUAAUCCGAAACACGUGAAGCCAUUUGUCCCAAACAUUAUGGUGCUUUGAUAUAGGGGUCUAUGUAUAAAAAGUGCUUUAAUUUCUCCAUGGUGAAACCAAAAUGUUUUAAAAUAUGUUUUAAUAAAAGCCAGGAAUCUGCACUUUAACCACAUGUGAAUUGUUUGAUUCUGAAAUUGUGGAGUACAUAGCCAAAUCAAGAAAAGUAUUUGUUCCAAACAUUAUGGAGCUCACUAUAUACAAACUUGUAAUUUCUCCUUUCAAUAUUUCUUUUUAAAUGUGUUGCCAUUAAAAGAUAAAAAAUAAUAAAGAUUCCACUGCACUCAUCA